AUGUCUUCAGUGGUGCAGCCGCACGGAUGGGUAGGCCUAAAGCUGCCGUCUGAGCAUGUGCGCUUUCUCGAGGUGAUUCCUAAUACGACGAUAUCACUGGGCAAAUACGGCAGUUUUCCGAGCAACCUGAUCAUCGAGCGACCCUUCCACCUGACGUACGAGCUCGAGGACCGGCUGCCGGACGAGGAUUUCUGCCGGCUGCGAGUGAUCUCACCAGCCGAGCUGCAUGCCGACAGCAUCGCGGACGAGGCCAAGGCGUCGGCCGGGGAGAAAGGGACAGGAGGAGACGAUGACGGCGUGGAGCUGCCGGUGCUUUCGGGGCAGGAUGGGGUGGAGUACAGCCUGAUCGACAUGGAGAGCCAGGCGGUGAUUGCACGAUCGAACCGCGAUGCGAUCGAUGCCAGCGCGCGGCAAGCGCUCACCACAGAGGAGAUCGAGGAGCUCAAGCGCGAAGGCACGGGUGCGGGCAAGGAUCUGAUUGCUAAGCUGCUGCUUUCGCACGCGGCGCUGGACCAGAAGACGACUUUUUCGCUGGCCAAGUACAAGCUGCUCAAGGCGAAAAAGUACAUCCGGCGGUUCACGGUGGUGCCGCUGGACGUGUGUUCGCUCGGCAACUGGCUGCUGGACGACAAGGACGUGGGGACCAAGAUCCUGGGCCUGCGCGACGAGAUGACGGCGCUGCUGGGCUGCUGGGCCAACGUGCACUACGGCGGGCCAGACCGGUAUCUGGCCGAGGGGGAGGCGCAGGCAGAAGGAGAGCAGGCAGAAGAAGAACAGGCAGGAGGACAGGCAGAAGAAGACCAAAAAAGGCGACCGGCCCGGAGAACAGCAGACAUGGCAUCGCAGCUGGCAGGUGGUCGCUGGCUUGCGGUGGACGACACCGGCGGCCUAUUGGUGGCGGCCAUGGCUGAGCGGAUGGGAAUUCUGCACAAAGGCGAGGGUGUGGAAGGGGAUGGAUUUGAGUCGAUGGAUGUGGACGAGCGGAUGGAUGAGGGCGUGGGAUCGCAGACAGAGGACCAGACGAUCCAGCCGCCGAUCCAGCCGAUCCAGCCGACCCGAUCCCCGAAGCACGGCCGCGAUGACCUGAAGGCGUCGUUUUCGCUGACAAAUACAUUAACGCUGCUGCACGCCAACUCGCAGCCGAACCUGGCGUACCUGCGGUACUUUGGCUUUGACCACGCCGACCCGCAUCACGGGCCCCAUCCGCUGGCCGACCACCUGCUCUGUCUUAGCUGGCUGCAGCUGCUGGACCCGGCGAGCGACACGCUGUACGCAUCGCCGGCACCGGUGGCCACGGCAGCCGAGCUGGCGGCCUGGAAACCGGGACGCCGGGGCAACUACUACCGCAAGCGACGUCGUUGGGCGCGCACGCGACAUGCCGUCGAGGCCACGCGCGCCGGCGGCUUUGCCGGCCUCGUCGUCGCCACCACGAUGGACCUCAUCUCGACGCUGCGCCACACGCUGCCGCUGCUGGCCGGCGGUGCCCCGGUGGCCGUCUACUCGCCCACACUGGAGCCGCUGGCCGCGCUGGCUGACUGCUUCAGCGUCGGCCGGCGAGCAGCCUGGAUGGCCGGGGGGGUGGGGGGAGUCGGAGGAGUCGAAGCUGCGGAUGCAGAUGCGCCCGAGACCGAUGCCGGCGACGAUCUCGAACGCUGGCCAGGCACAACAGCCUUUCCGCUCAAUCCGAUGCUGCUGCUCGGCACUACGGUGCAGACUAGUCGGGCCCGACGCUGGCAGGUGCUGCCUGGCCGCACCCACCCGCUCAUGACGGCCCGCGGUGGCUCCGAAGGCUACAUCUUCACCGGCUGGAAGGCCCUUCCGGCCGAGGGUCGCGUCACGGCGCGUGGCCGCUUCAAGCGACGCAAGACAGCCGACGGCGACAGCGGCUCCGUCGACACGCCGCCGGCAUGCAAUUAG